UUCCCAAAGGGAAGCAAAAUCAGUUUUUUAGUACUGGCAAGUGCUCUUUGUUGUUUUUCUGGCGAAUUGAGAACCAGAAAAUCGAGUGCGUGCGUGUCACCCGCCGGUUUGUCUCGUCUCGGUAACUUGGAAACAUUCGACUCUGCAGCUUUUGCGUCACGUCGCGGAAACCGACAACGUCACGCGGCCGUAAAUGGCGACGCCGCUCGUGUGGAUUCCGUCAAAUGUACUCGCGAAUUGAGCCGAAUGAACUCAGAAGGCACUAUGGCGGGCGACGAGCACUUCCUUCCUGUCAGCAGCAAUCAGGUGCGCGUGCUUAGGCGUGCUGCAGAUCCUUGACACGCUGAUCAUGGACCCCGCGUGGGACUUCCCGCAAUUCCCCGCGCUCCAUUCGCACACCGUGUCCCUGACGACAGGAGACGGACCCUUCCUUCAUAUCCUGGAGCAACCCAAACAGCGAGGCUUCCGUUUCCGAUACGGCUGUGAAGGUCCGUCUCACGGCGGCCUGCCCGGAGCGUCCAGCGAGAAGAACAGGAAGACGUAUCCUACUGUUAAGAUCUGUAACUACCAGGGUCCAGCACGCGUGGUGGUCCAGCUGGUGACGGCGCUGACUCCGCUCCCUCAACUGCACGCCCACAGUCUGGUGGGGAAGCAGUGCGACAAGGGCGUCUGCAUCGUGGAUGUUCCUUCCAAAGACACCAACGUCACUUUUCCCAACUUGGGCAUCCAGCACGUGACCAAGAAGAAUGUGGCCAAGACAUUGGAGGAGCGUAUGACCGAAGCCUUCCGGAUGGGUUACAACUACGGCGUCAGCAUCCACCCGGACCUGGACGCCGUGCAGGGCGAGGGACGCGUGCCCCGCGAGCUGACCGAGCGCCAGCGUGGCGUCAUCGGCAGCGCCGCCUGCGCCCAGGCUAAGGAGAUGGACCUGAGCGUGGUGCGCCUCAUGUUCACCGCCUUCCUCCCCGACAGCGACGGCGGCUUCACCAGACCUCUGCAACCCGUCGUCUCGCACCCCAUCUACGACAGCAAGGCUCCCAACGCGUCCAACCUGAAGAUCGUCCGAAUGGACCGCACGGCCGGCUGCGUGAGUGGCGGAGAAGAAGUCUACCUCCUGUGUGACAAAGUCCAGAAAGAUGACAUCCAGGUGCGCUUCUUCGAGGAAGACGACUCGGGCCUGACCUGGGAAGCUCUGGGGGAUUUCUCGCCCACCGACGUGCACAGACAGUUCGCCAUCGUCUUCAAAACGCCCAAGUAUCGAGACCAGAACCUACAGAGGCCCGCUAACGUCUUCGUUCAGCUCAAGAGGAAGUCUGACAACGAGACCAGCGAGCCCAAACCCUUCACAUACCACCCGCAGAUCAUAGACAAAGAGGAGGUGCAGAGGAAGCGUCAGAAGACCUUGCCCAACUUGCAGGACUUCAGCGACCACAGCGGCAGCGGAGCAGGAGCGGGAGCUGGAGGAAGUUUGCACCGAGGAGGCCAAGGCUCUGCCGGAGGAGCUUUCAUGCAGGGUUUCUCCACCUUCAACUAUGGGAGAGGAGGAGCGGCAGUGGGCGGAGCUUGUCCCGGAGGAUACGCCGCCGCUCUCGGAGGAGGCGGAGUCAAACACGAAAUUUUGCCCGGCAACUGGGCGCACAGACCGGACGUCGACAAUGAAGAGGUGGCAGCGAGCGGCGGGAACGCGGCGGCCGUCUCCCUGCACGCAGCCGCGCGGACACCGCGGCUCCCUCUGAUGGCGAUGCAGGAGAAGGACGGAGACAUUGAGAUACACUCGGCCGGCCCGACCGGGACGCUCGCCGCUCUACCCGGAGACGAAGCUUUUGACGUGAGGAACCAUCUCUUCCAGGUGCUGGAGCUUCUAAGCGGUGAGGAGCAGCGUCCCAAAUAUCCCGACGUAGCUCUCGCGUCCUCGGGCGAAGGCCAUCCUGAGCGGCGAACCAAAGCCCAAAGGGAAAAACUGGCUGACACGCUGACCCGGGGAAUCCUCAAUGCCACCUUCACACUCAACCCGGACGCCAUCAAGACGCUCAUGGACAGUUAUGAGGUGUCUGGCAGCACGGCGCGAAACCCAGAAGCUACGCUCGGAUCGGCCGCUUCCCGCCUCGACGAGGUGCUGUGUUCCCGCGAUGACCGGCGCCUCCCCGCUGCACCGUUCUGUCACUUCCGGCCAGGGGAGGCCGAGGCCCUCGUGCGCGACGGCGGGGUGAGGCUUACGCUGGCGUGAGCUCGGCGCGCGAUCGCCACGGACCGCUUUGGACACUCCCGUGGAAAAAACAAAAUGGCAACUCCGACAUCGGCGUUCAUCCCCGCAUUUUUGUCAGUAAGUGAAGUGAACUCAGGAAGCGAAGCGCAAAAAAUUCUGCUCCAAUACUGUACUUGAUCAGCACGCAUGCAAAAAAAACAACAAAAAAAUCGCUAUGACUUGAAUUUGUGCAUAAUUUGCUUUUUUUGUCCUGUUAGAAAAAAAGACGUCUUCCUUAGCUUUCCAUAAAUUCAAUUUUCUUUAUCUGAAAAUUAAAGGACCAAAAUGGGUGGUCGAGCUGAAUCCAACUUGUAGCUCACAUGUAUCAGUUGGGGAAGAAAAUGCCAUUUUAAAUCUUUGGCUGCCACUGACAUUGAUAGAGUUGCUCAAUAACCAGAAAGUCGCCCAAAAAUGACUCAAAAUCAGCGGGAAGUGACCCAAAAAUGACCCAAAAUCUGUAGGAAGUGACCCUGAAUUAACAAAAAAUUAGAAGGAAGUGACCGGAAUAACCAGAAAGUGGCCCAAAUAUGAUCCAAAGUCAGCAGGAAGUGACCCAAAAAUGACCCAAAAUCAACAGGAAGUGACCAGAAUGUGACCUAGAAAUGACCCAUAAUCGACAAGAAUUUGCCAGAAAAUGUCUCAAAACAGGAUGCAACCCAGAAAAGCCCCAAAAUCAACAGGUAGUGACCAAAAAUAACCAGAAAGUGUCCCAAAAAUGACACUAAACCAUAAGGAACAAAACAAAAUAUCAGCAGGAAGUGACCAGAAUAACCAGAAAGUGGCCCAAAUAUGACCCAAAGUAACCAGGAAGUGCACAAAUCCAUGUGGCAUAAAAUGCCACAUGGCCCAAAAAAUGCCACAUGGCAAAAAAAAUACCACAUAGCAAAAAAAAAAAUAAAAAAGCCACAUGGCAAAGUUAAUAUUUGGCAACAUGGCAAAAUCUAUUUUGCCACAUCGCCAAAAAAAAAAGCCACAUAGCAAAAUCAAUUUUGCCGCAUGGCAAAAAAAUGCUACAUGGCAAAAUCCAUUUUGCCACAUAGCAAAAAAAUACCACAUAGCAAAAAAAAAAAUAAAAAAGCCACAUGGCAAAGUUAAUAUUUGGCAACAUGGCAAAAUCUAUUUUGCCACAUCGCCAAAAAAAAAAGCCACAUAGCAAAAUCAAUUUUGCCACGUGGCAAUAAAAUGCCACAUGGCCCAAAAAAUGCCACAUGGCAAAGUUAUUUUUGCCACAUUGCAAAAAAAUGCCACAUGGCAAAAUCCAUUUUGCCACUUGGCAAAAUCAAUUUUGCCACUCGGCAAAAAAAAUUCCACAUGGCAAAAAAAUGCCACAUGACACAAUCCAUCUUGCCACUUGGCAAUAAAAUGCCACAUGGCCCAAAAAAUGCCACAUGGCAAAGUUAAUUUUGCGACAUGGCAAAAAAAUGCUACAUGGCAAAAUCAAUUUUUCCACUCGGCAAAAAGAAAUGCCACUUGGCAAAAUCCUUUUUUCCCAAGUUGCAAAAAAAAAUGUCACAUGGCAAAAUCAAUUUUGCAACAUGGCAAAAAAAAAAAAAGCCACAUGGCAAAAAAUCAGUAGGAAGUGACCCAAAAUCAACAGGAAGUGACCAGAAUGGGACCUAGAAAGCCAUAAUCCACAAGAAUUUGCCAUAAAAUGCCCCAAAACGGGAUGCAACCCACAAAAUCAACAGGAAGUGACCAAAAUAAGUAGAAAGUGGCCCAAAAAUGACCCAAAGUAUCCAGGAAGCCCCCCAAAAUGCCCCCAAAUCAACAGGAAGGGACAAUAAAUGCUCCAAAAUGAACAGGAAGUGACCAAACAACAUCAGCAGGAAGUGACCUGUAAAAGCCUCAAAAUCAACAGGAAGUCAACCUCUGAUAGCAGAGCACAGCACUUAUUAUAUAUAUAUAUAUAUAUAAAAAAAAAAAAAGAUUAAAUACAUACAAAUACAUUGUUAAGAAAAAACUGCCGAUGUAAUUAAUAAUCUAGGUUUUGUUUUUUGCAAAAAGUCACUUUUGCCUUAUUAAGUGUUCACGUCAUUUAAUAAAUGGACUCUGGUUGCUAUUGAUGUUGAUCAGUCCAAAUGAUCUGGACAUCUAUGACUGUCAACGGAACUAAAAUUCCCACUUCAAAUGGAUUUGACAACUCUGGCCGUCAAUGGCAGUCAAGGAGUUAAGCAUUUAACUCAUUCAAUCCGGUGGAAAAUGGUCUCCGGACAUCAAUGCUUCGCUGUCAUUUGUGUGAACAUUUGAUGAAUAAAGUUGUUUUUAUACUUGA